AUGUCACUGUCUCCACAAGAAAGAGCUCGACUACCUCCGCCGCUCUUUGACAUUCCUACAGAUGCAGAUUACGCCAUGGAACUCAUAUCUUCUCGUGUGGCAUCAGGGGAAUAUAUCAAGCCAAACAAAAAAGUGUCUAAACGUUCUGAUGCUGUGCCAGACAGUUCUUCAAGGGAGGAUCAUAAUGAAGUGGAUACCGACCAGUUGUCUGCAUCACGCGGAAAGGAGAGAGGUCCAGACUGGAAGAAGUGGAGUGAGCGGGCUGCAAUUGGGAAAGCGUGGGCUGGUGAAGGCAAGCGCCUGAUCAAAGGACAGUGGAUACCAGAUCAUUCCUCACCUAUCGUCCCUUCAUCUGCGAUCGCAAUAGGCCAGCCUACACCACCACAGGAUACGCAUACGUUCGUAUCGCAGCAUUCUACGGCUCCCGGACUCAUCACUCUGACCUCGACAAUGUUUCUUUUCACCCCCUUGACAACAACAAAGCCUAAAAUCACGGUUCCUCUCUCCCGUCUGCGUGGAGUCAAGAAGACAGGACUGAUCAAAGGUUUGUCUUUAAAAUGGUCACCAGAGAAUGAUGAGAAGGAAGUGGAGGAAAUCUUUCGCUGGGUAGGGGGCCGUGACGAGCUGUUCACUCGACUUGUUGGGUUAGAAGGAAAGCACUGGAAGACAUCGUAA